AUGUACAGAGCAGAAAUUUCUCUCGUUAUUUACAAAAUCACAGGAAUUUGGCCAAUGGAGUCAUCAUCAAAAGUGAUUGUGGUACUUUCGAAUGUGUUUAAUAUUUUUGUCUUCACAGUAACGACACUAUUUACAUUAUCAAAUUUACUUUAUAUCUUUAUCGAGCAUACGGACAUGGAGGAAUUUAAUGAUAAUUUAUUUUACUUUUUGGCAUUAUUUGUCGGUUGUUUGAAAAUGGUGAUUGCAUUUAAUAAUCGAGAUGAAAUUAUUCAAAUUACGAAUAUUCUACUCAAUGAACAGUUUGUACCACGAGAUGAUGAUGAAGUAUUAAUUCAAAAUGGAUACGAUACAAUCGGAAGAACUGGAACAAUUAUUUUUGCCGCUCUAGUCGUGAUAACAGUGAUAGCAAAAACAACGAUUCCAUUAUUAAGAGGCGAUUUCACCACACUUCCAUACAGUGGAUGGAUACCAUACAGUCUUGAAAGUAGAACAAUAUUUUGGUUGACGUUUACAUUUCAAAGCAUGGGUGCAAUGAUUGUCACUAAUGUUAUAGCAGCCACUGAUUCAUUUAUAAUUACAAUGUUACUGCAAUUAUGCUCACAAAUUGAAAUACUAAUACAUCGAAUGAAAAUGUUUCCUAAAUUAUACAAAUUGGAAGUAAUCAACAACUCAAAAAAAUUUCACAAAACGAAUGAAGUAAAUUAUUAUUACAAAAAGGAGGAUUUCUUUCUUAUCCAUUGGAUACAGCAUCAUAAUUUUAUUUAUUAUUUUCGAAAUAAAUUAAAUGAUCUUUUUGGAAUGGUGUUCUUUUGUCAAUUAUUUGUGACAACAUUGGAGGUUUGUUCGGGUACUUAUUUGCUGGCAACAUUCAGUGUAACUUCGAUUAAAUUUUGGUCAAUGAUGCUGUCGUUAAUUAUUAUUAUGGCUGAAAUGUACGUUUUUUGCUGGCAUGGGAAUUUAGUUAUGGAAAAGAGCAAAGAAAUUGGAUAUGCAGUCUUCAGUACUGACUGGACUUUGAUGUCGAGUAAAUCGAGAAAAAGUUUGAUUUUCAUAAUAAAACGAUCAAAUGAUCCAAUUAAAUUUACCGCUGGACCAGUCAUUUCUCUAUCAAUAGAUACUUUUAGUUCCAUUCUUCGAUUGGCUUAUUCAAUUUAUAAUUGUUUGAUGCGAAAACAGGAAUCAGAAUUAUAA